UCCUCCCCCUCCCCGGCGCGGGUGGGAUCCGCUGACUCAUCUGCCACCACCAUCAUCAUCAUCAUCAUCAUCCUCCCCCCAGGAGGAAGGGCAGCUCGAGGGGCUGCAUUGCAGACCCAGCCGCGCCAGCAGACAAAAGCCACCCGAGCCGCAGCUCCGGCACAAAGCAGCGAGCUCCGCCGCCGCCCUCCGCAGACCAUGCUGGACACCAUCAGCAGCCAGUACGACUCCUUCAUCUACUGGAGGAUGCCGAUCCCGCGGCUGGACACGGCCGAGCUGGAGGGGCUGGGGCUCGCAGACAUGGCCCUCUACAAGCCCAAGGCAGGGCUGGGCAAGCUCGGCGAGCGGGGCGGCCAGGACCUCUCCCAGGAGGAGGAGGAGGACAGUCUGCUGCAGUUCAACACCUUCAACUUCUGGCGAGCUCCCAUUGCCAGCAUCAGCUCCUUAGAUUUUGAUUUAAUUUGAAGCCCUUCCUGCCCAUCCUCACCCCCCCUGCUCGCUCUCUUUCCGCCAGGAUUUGGUUUUGUUGUCAGUUUUGGAGGUUGUUGGGUUGGGUUUUUUUUGGUUUUUGGUCAGUUUUGCCGUCGCUAAUUUGCUCAGCAGCUCACCUUGAUGGCCUUGAUGGUGAUGGGCUCCCUGAAAAUUUCCAGCCCUUUCCCCCUUUUCCUCCUGGAAUCACAACGGUGCAAGUGGGGGCAAAAACACCAGGGGCAAAAACAACCCCCCCAUUUCCCCUCUCCGUUUGCAGAGAGGUGCCACCCCCGUAUCAGCAUGACCACAGCUGUCCCCACCCCGGGUGACAAUCCCUCAGCUCAUUUCUCCUGUGCUUUUUUAAGAAAACUCAUUUGUGCCAACGGGGCGCUGGAGCAGCGAUGGGAAUCGCCCUCGUUCCGCAGAAAGCAUCGACCCUCUGCACUCCCCUGGCCCAAUUUCUCAAAAAUCCCUUACCCUGCCCCUCGGGAAUGCAAGGUGGGAGAGGCAGGAUGUGCCCAGGAUAUCAGCACAAACCUUCUUCUUGAGAAAAAUAAUCACUUUGAGCCUUGUGGAAUGAGCCCAAGCAGAAAAAAUUACAUCCAGGAGGGUCAAUAGACGUGGAAAUGCUCUCACCUUGCUUGGUAGGGGUCAAGGUUGGCUGUUUGUUGCCCCAAAUUUGAUUUUUUUCAUCGUUUUUUUAUGCCCCACGAGGUUUAUUCCUGGAACAGGGUGUGUACAUGGUGGGGUCUGGAAGGGUGAUGGGGCAGAGCUGGAAGAUGGAGAAUUUAGUUUGAUUUUACCCCCCAAAUGAAAAUAUUCCAGGUUUUCCACCUGCUGAAUCGAUCCCUUUACAAACAACAACAAACAACGCUGCAUUCAUCCAAGUGGAAGCCUCGAGUUUUCUCCGGGGAGAUUUUCACCUGCUGAGCUUUAUUUCUGAGCAUCAUCUCAAAACGGGGGGGAAAAACCCAACCUGGAAUAAUUUUUAGCUUUUAAACGGGUUUUUUGCGCUCCCCAAGAUUGUUUUCUGGGGUUGGUUUGCCUUCUUGAAUGUGCUUUUUUUGGGUUUGAGGGGGAUGAAGUGAUGUGGAGUGUCCCAAAAUCAUCCUGAGAGUUGGGGGCAGGCUGAGGCAGCGCUUAAAAGGUGCCAGAAAUAGGCAAAAAUCAGAAAAAUCUGCAUUCUGCUACGGAAAUCGGAUGCAGCUCUCCUGUAAUCUCCAGAAAUAAUCAAGUGUGCUGAUUUUGAACCAUCUGUGUAAAACCAGAGGUGAAAAAUGUAAACUCUCCUCUGCAGAGCUGUUUGUGUUCUCGGCUAUGAAAACCUGCAGAAGUAUUUAUUAUGAAACUUUAAAUAAAAUCAGCUAAAAACAUA